AUGGCUACGCUUGAAGGCCGCUUUGAGGUGCUGAAAGAGGUGGGGGAUGGUAGCUUUGGAAGUGUUGCAGUAGCACGGGUCCGGACCGGAGGUUCCAACAUUGCACGAAGAGGAACCAUGGUCGCGAUCAAGACGAUGAAGAAAACAUUUGAUUCGUUGACCCCGUGCCUAGAACUUCGUGAAGUGAUCUUUCUUCGGACUCUACCACACCAUCCUCACCUUGUUCCCGCCCUUGACAUCUUUCUUGAUCCUUUUUCACGAAAGCUACAUAUCUGUAUGGAGUACUUGGAUGGAAACCUCUACCAAUUGAUGAAAUCCCGAGAUCAAAAAUACUUCGAUGGGAAGCACGUGAAAAGCAUUCUUUACCAGAUCUUAUCUGGCCUUGAUCAUAUUCACGCUCAUCACUUCUUCCAUCGUGAUAUUAAACCGGAGAAUAUCCUGGUGUCGUCGUCCGCCCCGAAUGAUUCCACGUUCAGUCGCUAUUCCCACCUCGUUACCCCUCCAUCCACCCCCCCGAUAUAUACGGUUAAGAUUGCCGACUUUGGUCUUGCAAGGGAGACUCAUUCAAAGCUGCCAUACACAACGUAUGUUUCCACGAGGUGGUAUCGUGCGCCCGAAGUUCUUCUACGUGCAGGCGAGUACUCUGCACCCGUUGACAUGUGGGCGGUCGGUGCUAUGGCAGUCGAAAUCGCUACACUGAAACCAUUGUUUCCCGGUGGCAAUGAAGUCGACCAAGUCUGGCGAGUUUGUGAAAUCAUGGGAAGCCCAGGUAACUGGUACAGCAAGUCUGGUACAAAACUCGGUGGUGGCGAGUGGAGAGAAGGCUCUCGCCUUGCCCAAAAGCUAGGCUUUACUUUCCCCAAGUUGGCGCCACAUUCGAUGGAGAGCAUUCUACAGCCACCACAGUGGCCUGCAUCUCUGAGUCAUUUUGUGACUUGGUGUCUCAUGUGGGAUCCUAGGAACCGCCCAACCGCCACUCAGGCCUUAAAUCAUGAAUACUUUGCAGAUGCUGUCGAUCCUUUGCGGCCGAAGUCCUCCACAGCUCGGUUACUGGGUCGGAAACAUUCGGACAAGAGCUUCAGAUCUCCAAGCCGGGAACCAACUGAUUCCCCCACGCUUUCGUCAAAGUCAUCCUGGUUUAGGAGAUCAUUGAUUGGAAGGUCCGAAAGCCCUGCUCCAAAUUUUGAUGAUGAGCAGCCUCCCAAGCAGCCAAUCGUUUCCUAUAAUACCACUCCAGACCUCCAGAGCGCAAAGAACAGACCAGCACCUAGUAAGCGUGCUACGUGGGCCAACGGAGCUCCAAUGCCUAUCUUGCCUUCUAUUCGGCCAGUGUCGCCACUGUCGAAUGCAGUCACAGCGCAAGCCAACUCCUCCAUCGCCCAUGCGGGUGAUGCGAACGCAGGCAAAUCGAACAAGAUUGGGCGUCAACUUUCUGUUAAUUCUCACGGUAAUCAUUAUGCUGAUAUCCACAGGCAAGAAGCAGAGAGGGCUCUCAAUGGCGCUGGAAAUAGCAACUCUACUGCCAGUCAGAAGGAGAGCUUUUUCUCGCAUCUUCGCAAGCGUGCUCGCAGGCUAUCUGGACGUAACCAAACAAAUGUGCCUAGUGAUGACCUCGAAGCCAAUGCUGGUUGUAUGCCAUGGUCAAAUCGAUCCUCCCUAGCCCUGGACUCUGUUAACGUCAAUGAAACCAAGCACAACUCGGAUUUGACUGAACUGGACAAGGCCCUUCAGGGUGUCAAAUACUCUCUCGACUCAACUGCCCUAGGUAAUGUCCCUGUCCAAAUUACUUCGCCGAUGGAGGGUGGCAAGCGUCAAUCCAUGCCGCAAGGGUCUAUUCGAGCCAUGGGAGACAUCGUUGUCUCCACUAAUGUUACUCCUGGGCCCACUUCAACCCGAACUCGGCGUGCCUUUCAGUUGUCAACGCACCCCGUCCAUCGUUAUGAGACCCCCGAGGAGGAGGAUGAGCUCUUGGAUGAGGUACUUCACUCGGCGAACAAGGCUGCCAGACGUUUAGCACAGACCCAAGCUUCUGAUGCCUCUUCCAACUAUAGUCGACCAGCUAUGGAGAACGACAGCUCACGUCCAUUGCCAAGUCCAUAUCCUACUCCAUCACCAUCAGCCAAACGCGAUGGAGUGGCUUUUGGUCACCCCGACGCUACACCUUGUCGGCGAUUGGGAGUCGCUGAUAACAAGACGGACUAUUCAUCUUCAACCCGUCAAUGGCCUACUCCUCCUUACGAGGAAAGUGAUUGGGCCAACCUUGCUUCUCCCAACAUCAUGGUGGGGGCAACAUACAGGUAG